GGCUGCGCGCUGUUGGUGGAUCUGAGUGUGACUGAUUGCGUGACGGUGAUGCGCGUAAUCCAGAAGAGAUAAAGUUUUACCACGCGCAGACAUCAGCAGCUGUUUUUCCAAAAGAAAAAGUUUGGCACAAACUGCAGAAGUUCAGCUGGUCUUGAAGGCAGCGGGCCAUGGCAGAGGGAGACUUCUACACCAUGGGGAGCCGGCAGAGGUUUCCCAGGGACCCGUUUGUGGAGUCGCCGUUCAGAGAGCAGUCUCCGUUCAGGGAUCAGCUCGCAUCGCGGUUUAUGGACGAUGACUUUGGGAUGCCGCCUUUCCCCGACGAUCUGGCGAUGGACUGGCCGGGCUGGGCUCGGCCGGGUCGGCUCAGCACGCGCCUCAGUCCCUCGCCCUUCAGCAGCAGUUUACGCACAGGUUUCCCCUCGCGUCAGUCCACGGCGGGCCCCGCGCUGUACACCAGCAGGUACGGCGAGCCCUCCUCCCGGAGCUCGCCCACCACCACCGGCGGGGAGCCCUGGAAAGUGUGCGUGAACGUCCACAGCUUCAAACCAGAGGAAUUAAACGUCAGGACGAGAGACGGAUUUGUAGAGGUGUCAGGAAAACACGAAGAGAAGCAGGAGGAAGGAGGCAUAGUGACAAAGAAUUUCACAAAGAAGAUCCAGAUCCCGAUAGAUGUGGACCCUCUGACCGUUUUCGCCUCCUUGUCCCCUGAGGGCGUCCUCAUCAUCGAAGCACGGCAGACGCCUCCAUAUUACCUGUUCAGCAAUGAUGGCUCCCAGGGUGGCGACACACUGGAGGUGGAGGCCUCCAAGCCCCAAGAGGCCCCUAUGGUCUAAACACCACCUUUCCACUAGCAUAACAAGUCAUCCUGCACAACUGAUUACAAGUUUGACAUGAAAUGUGUGGCCUUCAGCUUCAUGUUGUUAGACACCUGGAAUUAAAGAGUGUAAAAUAUGUGAGGAAAGUAGGUCUUGUUUGACAUUCUUCUUAAAGCUGCACAGAGUUAAGUUCUGAAAAAUAUCGGCUGUAUGAUAAAAGGAUUUUUAACCUGUUUCCCUUGUUGCAACUUUAUGAUUGCCAUAAAUCACACAUCGUCUUAAUCAAUUUGUACAAUUUAAACCAAACGUAACAAUACAUAUAUACACAUAUAUAUUUAGGUUGAACUUAUAUAAUAGAAAGUUCAUAUAUGUGUGUAUAGAUAGAUAGAUAGCAUUACUUUCUAUCAUAUGUUCAAACUAAAUAACACUUUUCUUAUAUCGUGUGUUUAGAGUGAGGACGUAUGUGAUCAUACAUAUGUAAAUAAGAAAUAUAGUCACAGCUUGAGAAACAAGUUAAAAAUCUUUUUCACGGUGCAGAAGAAGGACAUUUUUUUUAAUCCGCAUUGCUACAAGAGUCUGAAAAAUUUAGAAACAUCUCCAGCAGUCAAGUGUUUUGAAGAUCGUUUAUUGUUUAUUUUGAGAAAACUCUACAGCUCAAUGACUGUAAUGGCAAUAAUGAAAAACUGAUUUUUGAGUACAGAAGAUCACAAAUGUUGAAACAGCUACAGCUUACUGUCUUGUGCAGCUUUAAUAUAAUCUACUGGUGCAUAUUAAGUUUAUGCAAGAGCUGCUGGGCCACCUAUACAUUAGAAGUCAAGUUAAUAUGACACUGUAUAUGAACUUCUCAAGAUCAAAUUUAUAUAUUUGUAUUUAUAUUAACAUGCAAUUAAUUUAGGGGAACAGUAUUUGCAUCAACAUACUGUAUGUGAUUUAUGUGGUUUAAAAGACAUCACAAAUGUGCCUUUAUUUCUCGAGUGCCUUGACUUCCUUCAGUUUAAUGGUUGUUUAUCUUUUGAGUUAAUGAAUGUCACUGAACUGACAAGAAACAAAAGUAAGUUACCUUUUGUGGCUUCAUUAGAGGGUGAAUUGUGAGCGUGAAUACUGUAUUCUACCAAAGUGUAUUGUAAAUAUACUUUACUAUGUGCCAAUCCAUUCUAAAUAUUAAUAAGUGUUCCAGGUUUUGCAAUAUGGUUUGCAUUUUUUUUCUAUUUGAGUAUUCAGAAAAACGGCUGCAUGACUGUUGGAGCGGACAGACUGACUUGUAUGCCAAAGACGUUUGUUUCCUGCCUUCUUUUCUGUUGAUGUCUUUGUAUUGGCUGACGCAAUAAAAAUGUCCAGCCAAUCUCCC